AUGAGUAUCACAGACUUGAAACAAGCUUUGCAGACUCUGUCCACUAUACCAACUGCUCAACAGAGACUGAUAUUCAAAGGAAAGGUCUUGAGGGAUGACAAGGACAUUCAAUUCUAUAAUAUUGAAGAGGGUAACACUCUACACUUGGCAGAGAGACCACCCGAUCAACAACAGAACCCUCAACAACCUGCUGGUGGUGCACAGGGUCAGACACAGCAACAACAACAACAGCAACAAUCUCCACAGGUCGGUAGAAUACCAGGUAUACCUGGUGAUGUCAACAUCACAAUCCAGAAUGUACUUAGAGGUCUAACUGGAGCGAACCGUGUCGUUGUUGGUGGUGCUCCACAGAACCCUGAAUCAAUGCAUCAGAACAUUCGUACCAUAUUCAACUCUGUCGCAAACCCUCAACAACAACAACAGCCAGGUCAAGCAGCCCCAGCCCCAGCACCAGCUCAGGACAAUGAUAGACCAACAAGUGAGAGGAUGGCAGAGUCAUUGAGGUCGGCAAGAACAACACUACAGUGGCUCACAGAGAACACUGAUGCUGCAAUCACAGCGUUGGACAAUGAGAGAAACCUUGAUGAUCAACAACAGAGACAGCAAUUGCAACAACAGAUCAGAGACCUACAGGCUGCCUACCAGCGCACAUCAAUGGCCUCCUCAUCAAUGGCGCAUUACCUGAGUGGAUUCCAUGCUGGCAGUGUUCCAGGCGAGGCCACCUUCACCCCACCACAACCCACUGCACAGAUAUCUCAGAUCCAUGUGCAGAUCGAUCCUCAAGGCCAGGCUCCCGGCCAGCCAUUCCCUGGCGCCCCCUUUGCGAACGUCCAAUUCCCAGCAGGCCAGCCAUUCCCUGGCCAGGUAUUCCCCGGUCAACCCAACCCAGCCCAAGCAUUCCCCAAUGUGUUUGCCAAUCUCCAACAACAAGCUCAGCAAGCACAACAACAGCAAGCUCAGGGACAACAGCCCCAGCCUGGUCAACCAGGUGCUCUUCCAUUCGACUUUAACAAUCUCUUGCAGAAUGUUAUGGGAUCAUUGAUGGGUCAGCAAGGUCAACAAGCUCAAGGACAACAACCACAAGGUCAGCAAGGACAACCACAACAAGCACAACAACAACAACAACAAGCACAAGGACAACAACCAGGCUUGCCUUUCGACCUAAAUGGUCUAAUUCAGAAUGUUAUGGGUUCAAUGUUUGGUGGUGGAGUGCAGCCAGGACAACAACCAGGUCAGCCACAACAGCCUGGCCAAGCCAACCCAGCUCAGCCAUUCAUGGAUAUGAUGGCCCAACUACUUAACCCUCAAGCUGCCGCCGACCAGAACAACGCUGCUGCCAACAACAACAAUGCCAACGGCAACUCAUUCACCUCACAGUUGCCUCUGCUCUUUAUGGACAUGCAAAUGAUCUUCUCUGACGUGCCGGCACAGAAUGUGCAAGGUCACACCAAUAUCAGACGCGUACUCAUGAACGACUUUGGCACGUCCUCACAAGGCUACGACGCCGUCAUCGACGAUUUCAUCGAGUCGGUCAGACCAUACUUCACAACACUGCACAACAUUCCACUCGAGGUCAGGAAUCGUAUUGUGCCCAAUAGCAACUUGGAUCAAGUGGUGAUCGCACUCAUUAGGAAGUACAUGACCCAGAUCUUUAAGAUUGUCAUGUCGGAGCCAUCAGAGAGCAACCCAAUCAAGCAACUGACUUCGGAAUGGUCCACUGCCUCCAUCAACGAGAUGGUCACAGAGAUUGCCAAUCGCUCAGGUGGUGUAGAGGAUGCCUUUAUCAUUAUCAAUGGAUUCAUUCAAGAUCGUCUAAGUUCAGUCAAUCCUGGAUUGGCACCAUUCUCUGGUGUUAUAAUGAGGAACAUUAGAACUAUCUAUGUAGCUCAACCACAAACAAACAACAACAACAUCAAUAACAACAACAAUAAUAUACCAGCGACAACACCAACUACAACGACGACAACGACAACAACAACGGCACCAACAACCACUACAUCAACAUCGACUACAUCGACAACCAACACAAGCAACGGAGUCAUACCACAAGAAUGGGUUGAUACCAUCGAGAUUGAUGUUGCACGACAAGAGUCUGCCCCAGAGCCAAGACCACUGAGUCAGAAUUAUAGAGACCCAUCAUCGAACAAGAAACAAAAGACUUCAAACUCAAGUGCGUUUGCCCAGAGACUAGAGGAAGCUGUGCAACCCGUGGACAAUGUUAAUGGCGAAGAUCUCCUUAACAAGGCCAAGGAAGAAGGUUUGGCUGAGCUCUACAAUAGUCUGAUCGCCAAGAUGAAGGAUCAGCAACAAAACAAUCAAUAG